AUGGCUGCUGGCCUUCCGGUGCGCUCACUAUUACAGCGCACAGAAUAUUCUGUUUGGCCAUUGGUUUUCCCCAAUUGGCUCACCUUUGGGUACAAACAGGUGGCCGACAAAGACAUAGCCGACGAUCUCAUUGAGUGCCGCAAUAACCACAUCAAUAUCACUGUUGAUAACCGACCCGAUUGUCCGCUAAUAUUUCCCCAUUUAGUCUCAUAUACGGAUGUAUUGACGCAAAUUAAUCAGCAAUUGAUUGACUCGAUUGCCGACAAGUAUAACAUCAAAAUCGGUGGUCGACACGAACCCCACGAGUGUCGGCCGCGACAACGGGUGGCCAUAAUAGUGCCCUUUCGGGACCGAUGGACGCAUCUGUGGUUAUUUGUGCAACACUUGCAUCCAUUCCUCGUCAGUCAACGAAUCGAUUAUCAGAUAUUUAUCGUCGAACAGACGGACAGCAAACCAUUCAAUAGGGGAAAGUUGUUUAACAUCGGCUUCCGUGAGGCCAUGAAAAUGGACUCGUUUUGUUGUCUCAUUUUCCACGACAUCGAUGUCCUGCCUAUAGAUCGGCGGCAACUCUAUAGCUGUUCGCAUACACCGCGACACAUGUGCUCAGCUCUGGACAAGUUUCGAUAUGUACUGAUAUAUCCGGAUCUGUUGGGCGGUGUUGUGGCCAUACGGACCGAUCAGUACCGCGAGGCCAACGGCUACUCAAAUCGGUUCGAGGGUUGGGGCGCCGAAGACGACGACUUUUACAAUCGGAUCAAAGCCAGAGGAUUGGUGUUGAGGCGGUGGUCGCCCCAAAUCUCCCGCUGCCUAAUGUUGAGCCAUAAGCCCGAGAAACCAAAUCCCGACCGAAAGUCACUGUUAGCGUCGGGAAGCGCUCGCUUCGAGUCGGACGGUCUCAACGAUUUGGACGACUCCUACCAAAUACUGGCCAUACAUUUUGAACCCCUCUAUACUAUAAUCAAAGCUAAGUUGUUAUGAGACUUAAAUUAAUAUAAACUAAUUAAUAUAAAUUAAUUAAUUAUAACUUAUAUUUGAUACAAAACA